UAUUGCGCACCUCGCGAUUCUGCUGGAGUGGAGCAGAAAGUAGCGUCACUUUCUUCAUCGUCACAAGGAACAGAACCAGAGUGACAGUUUUCAAACGUCUAGUUCUUCGUUUACAAUGUCGAUUCAAACACUUAUUGAAUAGACUUAACUAUUUUUAGUUAUUCUUCUACUUUGUUUCGACUCUCGAAAGCGGAGAUGAAGUACUGGCGGCAGUGCGCGUUGUGGCUGAUAAACUGCAAGGUGCUUCCUCCGACCCAUCGGGUAACCGGGGACAGUGCCCAGGUAUUUGACUUGGCUCAGACGCUCCGGGACGGGGUGCUGCUCUGUCAGCUGCUCAACAACUUGAAACCCCACACCAUCAACCUGAAGGAGAUUAACCUUAGACCACAGAUGUCUCAGUUCCUCUGCUUGAAGAAUAUCCGGACCUUCCUGACAUCCUGCUGUGAGGUGUUUGGGAUGAAGAAGACUGAUCUGUUCGAGGCCUUUGAUCUGUUUGAUGUCCGGGACUUUGGAAAGGUGAUGGAUACUCUGUCCAUGCUCUCCUACUCCACGGUCGCACAACAGGCAGGAAUCAAGCCCUUUCCAACAGAGGAGAGUCUGAAAGACGAGGAUAUUUACAGUCAUCUGAAGGACCUGAUUGAUGAGAACGUUCUAGAGGAUGAGGAAGAGUUGUAUGCUCCAGUCUACGGGUUGGAUGACACCGAUGAAGGAGGAGAGAUCUAUGAAGACCUGAUGAGGACCGAACAGCACCCUACACUGAAGCAGGCUGAGAAUGUGAGAAGCUGCUGCCUCUCAGAGAUCAAACAAACAGAGGAGAGAUACACAGAGACCCUGGAGUCUAUAGAGAAGUACUUUUUGAAUCCACUGAAGAAAUUUUUCACUGCGUCAGAAAUCGACAAGGUUUUCGUCAACAUCCCUGACCUGGUGAAAGUCCAUAAGAGUCUGAUGCUGGAGGUGCAAGAGUCCAUUCUCAACAAGAACGCCUUAAACCUCUACCAGGUCUUCAUUGCCUAUAAGGACAGGCUACUCAUUUAUGGAAUCUACUGCAGCCACGUUGAGAUAUCCAUCACAGUGUUGGACUUUAUUUGUAAGGAGAAAGAGGACGUACGACUAAAGCUAGAGGAAUGUUCUAAAAGAGCCAACAAUGGGAAGUUCACUCUGAGAGAUCUACUGGUGGUUCCCAUGCAGAGAGUCCUCAAGUACCAUCUCCUACUACAGGAGCUGGUCAAACACACCCCCGACGCAGCCGACAAGAACAACCUGAAGACGGCUCUGGACGCCAUGAAGGACUUGGCUCAGUAUGUCAACGAGGUGAAGAGAGACAAGGAGACUCUGAAGGAGAUCAACCAGUAUCAACGCUCCAUCGAGAACCUGAACCAGCCCCUGGAGAGCUACGGACGGCCCAAGGGGGACGGAGAGGUCCGAAUGGUGUCUAAUGUUGACAAGAAGAAACAGGACAGACAUAUCUUCCUGUUUGACGGGGCUGUGAUCGUCUGUAAGAGACGAGGAGACAACUAUGAGAUGAAGGAUGUGAUCGAUCUCAACUACUUUAAGAUCACCAACAACCCCACCCAGGAUAGAGAGAGCAAGAAGUGGUUCUAUGGUUUCUACCUGACCCAUCAGCAGGGGCAGAGCGGCUUUGAGUUCUUCUUCAAGACCAAGGAGCUGAAGAAGAAGUGGCUGGACCAGUUUGACAUGGCAAUAUCCAACAUCAGACCAGAGAACUCCAGUAACAACUUCCACCAGUUCAGGAUGCAUACCUUCAUCAGAAUCACUACCUGUAGCUCCUGUCACCUGCUCCUCAGGGGUAUCUUCAACCAGGGCUAUCUCUGUCUUAAGUGUGGACUCGGAGCUCAUAAGGAAUGCCUGGGUAGAGUGGGUGUCUGUGGAAGAACUGAUUCUGCCAAGCUGAGGCCUGAGAGGGCUCCGACGGUGCGGAAACAACCAGACCCAGGUCUCCCUAGGAUGCUGGUGAUCAGAGACUACUGUGGCAUCCCCUCUCCCCAGAGUGCCCCCCCGUUGACCAUCCAUGCUGGGGACAUCAUCGAGCUCAUCUGUGCCGACCUACACAGCUCCUGGUGGCAGGGCAAGAUCUUGGCGACGAGUGAGAUUGGUUCCUUUCCCAGCGAUGCCGUUAGGCCAUGCCCAUGUGUACCCAAACCAGUGGAUUAUUCAGCCCAGCUGUGGUUUGCAGGACCAAUGGAGAGGCAGGAGGCGGCGGUAAAGCUGAUGGACAGAGAGAACAGCACCUACCUGAUCAGACACCGGACCAGAGAGUCUAACGAGUAUGCCAUCAGUAUCAAGUUCAACGAUGACGUCAAACACAUCAAGAUCCUGACAAAGAAUGAAUGCUUUUACAUCGCAGAGACCAGGCUGUUUAAGACUGUGUUGGACCUGGUAGACUACUACAAGCAGCAUUCUCUGAGAGAGGGCUUCAAGAGUCUGGACACAACACUGCAGGUACCAUUCAGGGAGCCAAGCAACGGGAACAGCCUGCCCCAAGGCAUCCGACACACUGGCACUGUGUUCUCUCCCAGGGUGGUGGGCAUCGCGUUGGCACGCUACGACUUCAGCUCCAGAGACACCAGAGAGCUGUCUCUACAAGAGGGAGACGUGGUCAAGAUCUACACCAAGAUGGCUAACGGCUGGUGGAAGGGAGAGGUCAACGGCAGGGUGGGCUGGUUCCCUUCUACAUAUGUGGAAGAGGAAGACUGAGCUGGUUGAUUAAACCUCAGCUCUCAGGUGACACGGCUAUAGCCCACACUGCACUACGGCUCCAGACAUCCUCCAGGUUGUGGAGCCACAGCAUCCUGGCACUCUGAUAGAACUCAGACAAGACAAAAGCCCCAAGCCAGACAGAUGGAAGUAGGAAAUGCCCUCUAUCCUCAUCCAUCCUCACCCUACCUCACCCAUCCUCAACACACCCAUCCUCCUCAACACACCCCACCUCAGCCCCUCCCUCCCAUCCUCACCCCUCCUCACCCUUCCU